CGUCAUAGCCUGUAUAGUUUACGGUUCGCAAGUAUAAGAUCGUAUACCAUCGCUACGGCAACGUGUUGUUAUAGUACAGUAGUUUGUUUACAAUUGUAAGAAACAAUGGAUUUGUCUUGCAAAGAAUCUCAUCGAGUUAUCACAGCCACCAACGAUAAGGUCAUCUUCGGGGAUCCCCGCGUAGUAGCCAACAUGUUACGAGACGAAGUGCUCUAUGUGCCAAAGUGUGAUUACUUCGAACAAGUGCAAACAGACAUUCAGCCCUUCAUGAGAAAGGUUGUCACCACUUGGAUGGUUGAGGUUUGCGAAGAGCAAAUGUGCGAAGAUCAAGUAUUGCCGUUGGCGAUAAAUUUACUGGACAGAUUUUUAUGCGAAUGCAAUAUUAAGAGGCAGCAAUUUCAACUACUUGGAGCGACAUGUCUUUUAAUUGCAUCAAAAAUGAGAAGCACAAAUCUUCUGCCGAUUGAUCUCCUUUGUGCCUACACCGAUUACAGCGUGACCUACGAACAUAUCAUGAGUUGGGAACAACUAGUCCUAUCUAAAAUUCACUGGAACGUAGCCUCUAUAACAGCUUUCGACUAUGUAGACCACAUAAUCGAAAGGUCUUCCUGGAGCCAGGAAAGCAGCCUCAUCAGGAGACAUGCCCACACGUUGGUCAGCGUAUGCUAUACCGAACCCUCUUUGAUCCGUGCCCCGCCAUCUCUCAUAGCAGCGGCGUGCAUCAGUUCGGCCCUGCGGGGCCUGAAAUUACCGUCCGCCCAAAUCGCAUUAUUGGACAUUUGCACUUUGGUAAGUUUACCUCCGUCCAGGGUGGAACUUUUGGUGGUUCUGAUCGACAAGGAGGUGCAAAAAGUGGCCCCGUCACCCCCCCAACAACCCAAACUGGCCGGUUACGAAAGCCCGCAGUACGGUCCUGACACGCCGACCAGGGUCGAGGAUAUCUACUUUUGAGCAUUUAUUUUUUUACUUUGUCUUUUGUUAUCGUUAGAACUUGCCAAAAUUGUUAUUAACUUUAUAAGGAUUAAUUUUAUUGACGAAUUUUAAGACAAUUUCGCGUUAUUUUUAUAGCCAAAGUCACACUUUUUUAAAACGUUGAUCUCCCCAGCUGUUUUUACCAGUGGUAGUAUUAAAUUUUAAUUUUUUCUGAUGAUCUCAAUAGAAAAUGUAUGCCACAGAUUUUUUAACGGUGGUUUUAGGUUACUUAUCGAUGUAAACCCGUCUCUGUGAUUAAAAACCGACUUAAAUAAAAAAAAAUCAAAGCGUCGUCGCACGCAACUUUUUGGAUGAUCUUUUGGUUUUGUUAUCUAGUCUCUAGUGUAUUAAUAUGUAUUUACAGUUUAACUUACGAUGCGACUACAAUUUAUACGUUAACAACAAAUUUUUAUGUUUAUAUUAUUAUUAAAUAUGUUUUUCAACGUUCAUAAAUUUUAGUAGCACCGCGUUGAGUGUUAGUUAAUUUCUUUGCAUCACUAUGAUGCUUGAUUGUAUUAUAUUUUAAGACCAAAGUUUUGUUUAGUGUUGCUGACUACAAGUGUACAAAAAGUAUUAUUUAUUUUUUAUUACCUUUACAUUAAUGUUUUUGUAUUUAAGAGUGAACGAGUGUAUAUAUAUUUUUUUAAAUAAAAGUAACAUUUAA